AAAAUAUUUCAGAAGGGAAAUGCAGCCGAGUGAGGAAUUUAAGUGGGCUGAGAAAGAUAAGUUUGAGGAGUUUGAAGAUUGUGAUGUACCUGAUGAGACUCCUAUGGUGACUAAGAAAAUAGGGAAUUCUAAGGUAUGACAUGGGAGUUUAUUGUCGUCGAAUAAAGGAAGGUUGAGGAAGGAAAAUCGGACUGAGUUCCUUCAUGAUCUUAAAGUGGAAUCUACAAAUAAAUCUGUUUCUCCAGUAAAAUAUCGUUGUAAAUUAUUUUUCAAUGAAAAAGUGAUUCCUGUAUUGCCCCUUCCUCCUGUGUUUGUUGGCAAGAAGAAGACGAAGACUUCUUCUUUUAAGAAAUACAAGAAGGUUGGUCGGAAAUCUGUGAGAAAGAAGCUGAAUAAGCGUUCUGUCUCCAUCAUGGCUCCUUGAGGAACCAAAUUAUCUAAUAACACAGUCAGCAGUGGAGAAGAGGCCAAAAAGAGUAAGAAGGAUGUUUCUAUUGCAGAAAGAAUGGCCAAGCACCAAUCAAUGAAGGUGUCUAAGCAUGAUAAGGAGUACUUCGCCCUCCAGCUUACCAUUGGAGAUGUGUCUCCUCCUUAAUGUAUGAUAGUGUAAUAAUACUUUGCUAUUUGUAAAA